AUGUCAUCACUGGGCGCCAUCGGCUCCUACCUGCCGCCAAGCGACGGUCUGCUCCCCAAAUGGCUCCUAUUCAUAGCAGUCGUAUCUAUAGGCAACAGCGUCCAGGCCUACGUGUCGCUGGCCGGCACUCGAGAGGUGUACUCCGGGUCAUCCGCUACCACAACCCAGACCACCGGUUCAGGCGACACGAAGACGUCGACCACAUCGCCGGUCAAUGAGCUCAGCGCAAGAACUUUCGGCACUUGGACGGCGCUCAGCAGCAUCGUCAGAUUGUACACGGCUUACAACAUACACGAUCCUCUGGUGUACCAGUUGUGCUUGUGGACCUACGGUCUUGCUUUUGCUCACUUCGUCAGCGAGUGGCUGGUCUUUGGGUCUGCUAAAUGGGGGCGCGGCCUGGUCUCACCCCUGAUAGUCAGCACUGUCACGGGAGUGUGGAUGUUGUCCCAGUGGGACAGCUAUGUGCGGUGA